UUGGCAGCCGUCCGCCCUCACGCUGACGUGUCUCCGGGCUCUGGGAGCGACUCCAGCUCAGUCCUCUCCACCAUGAGCUCCAGACCCGGCACCACCUCCUCCUAUGCCCGUGCCAGCCCACUUUGCAGCUUCCAGGUGUUGCUGCCACUGACACUGCUCCUGGUUGCGCUGGUUCCCUCCACCACUGGAAAAAUUUCUAUCCCAACUAAGGGUGUGGGUGAGAGGAUGCACCUUGAACUUCGCUGCAUGUGUGUAAAGAACUCCUCUGGCAUUCAUCCUAGUAACAUCCAAUAUGUGAAGGUGAUCAAGGCAGGACCCCAUUGCUCCAAAGUCGAAGUGAUAGCCAAGUUAAAGAAUGGGAAGGAAAUCUGCCUGGAUCCAGAAGCUCCCAGAGUCAGGAAAAUAGUCCAGAAAAUGUUGAAAGGUGAUAGGUCAGCUGCUUAAUCUAUUCAUUUUCUGUCAACCCUUUUUAUCUUUCAGAAAGAAUAGGGGUUUGAAGCACUGACUUUCUAGAGUUUUUGUUUAUCCAGGACUCUUAUUCAUACUGUAUAAAACUUUGGAUAUGUUUUCCAUUCUCAAAAAUCACAUUUUAUUCUGAGAAAGCUGGUUAAUAGAUGACAGAGAGAAGAUGGAAGUAAGCAAGGCUGAUUUCAAAAUAAAAUAUAUGGUUUACUCCCUAACUCUUGGUUAAAUGUGGU